AUGGAUCCUCUGAUGGGUACAGGUCAAACUGAAAUGAAAUUCAUAAAUGACACUGGGUUGCCUGUUUGUGGAAUUGAUUCAAGCCUUCCUUUGGAGGGACCAGGAGCUCAAUCCUAUCAGAGUUCAGGUUGUAAUGGGUCUGCUGUCGAACUGGUGGAUCAAAGCCCACCUUUGCUGGUAGAUGCAUGGCUGGUUCCUCUCUUUUUUGCCCUCAUCAUGUUGGUGGGGCUGGUGGGAAACUCUUUGGUUAUUUAUGUGAUUACCAAACACAGACAGAUGAGGACCGUCACUAACUUUUACAUAGCAAACUUAGCUACCACAGACAUACUUUUCCUUGUCUGCUGUGUGCCUUUCACUGCCACGCUGUACCCUCUGCCUAGCUGGGUCUUUGGAGACUUCAUGUGCAGAAUCGUCAACUACCUGCAACAAGUAACAGCACAAGCAACCUGCAUCACCCUUACAGCCAUGAGUGUGGACCGCUGCUACGCCACAGUCUACCCACUACAGUCAUUGCGGCAUCGUACUCCCAGGGUGGCUAUGGCAGUCAGUGUUGGCAUCUGGAUAGGUUCCUUUGUUCUAUCCGUUCCUGUUGCUGCGUAUCAGACGCUAGACACAGGAUACUGGUAUGGACCUCAGACGUACUGCAUUGAGGCGUUCCCUUCAGUGUACCACCAGAAGACAUUCAUUCUCUACACCUUUUUGAUCGUGUAUCUUCUGCCACUUGUUACAAUUUGUGUUUGCUAUGCAUUCAUGCUGAAAAGAAUGAGCAGACCAGUAGUUGAACCAUCCGAUAACAACUACCAGGUCCAGCUUUUAGCAGAAAGAUCUGAGGCUAUACGCACCAAGAUUUCCAAGAUGGUGGUGGUGAUUGUCCUACUCUUUACAAUCUGCUGGGGUCCCAUUCAGUUCUUCAUCCUCUUUCAGGCUUUUGACUCCAACUUUCAGAAGAAUUAUGAGACGUACAAGAUCAAAAUUUGGGCCCACUGCAUGUCCUACUCCAACUCAUCUGUCAACCCCAUCGUGUAUGCUUUCAUGGGGGCCAACUUCAGAAAGUCUUUUAAAAAGGCAUUUCCUUUUGUCUUCAAACAGAGAGUUGGCACCACAGGGGGAGCUGUUGUGAACACUGAAAUGCACCUUGUUUCAUCUGGAACAUAA